AUGGCCACUCGUGGAUUUAAAACGAGCACGAGCGUCGGUGCUUACAUAGCAUUCAAUUCUUCGAAGAUGAAUUGGCCAAUCGAUUCCCUUGAGCGACUUCGACUUGUUUACUCUUUGGAAUCAAAAUGUACCUUUCCGUGCCGCCCUGCUGCGGUGGAUAGACCGAAGAAAAGGGAUAGUUGCCCACGGGCGUUAUUUUUACAAUCAAUUUGACUUCUGGCUUCAAGAUCUCGUAUGUUUCUCCGCAUUGUUUAUUCAGCCUGUAUUGGUCAUGUUGCAUUCUCAGAUCCAAUCUCCACUUUGUCGUCAUAAAGUUCGGACGAACUUGGACAAACUCGAUCGGAGACCGAGAUAUACCUCAUUUCCCAAGAUGUAUAAAGAUGUUAGGCGCCUUCAUUUUGAACCUGCACACAGGUCAAAUCAUCAAUUCGAAGCAGUCAAUUGAUCAAGAUGCAUUUUCUCAGCUACCUCCUUGUUCCUCAAAUUGUCUCUGCUCUGGCAAUCACGCAAAGAGACACUACAAACCGUGCAGCAUACUUUCUAAACGAUGAUCCAACCGGGUCGAGCAUUGUUUCUUUGAAGAUCAGCGUACAAGAUGGCACGGUCUCAGACCCGAUCCUCACCUCAACUGGAGGCAAAGGACUUCAAGCCUUGACAGCAUCAGCAACAGCUGGAGUUGCGCCAGCUCCAGGAGGUGGUGAUCCGUUGUUCGUCCAAGAUGCUGUGGUUGUAUCCGGCGAUUACCUCUUCACUGUCAAUGCCGGAAGCAACACCGUCUCCAUGUUUACAAUCGAUCCUACCAACCCAUGGCAACCAAAAUUGCUCAGCACUGCCUCUUCACAAGGCGAAUUUCCCGUCUCAAUCACAUACUCUGCAGCAUUAAAGACUGCAUGUGUCGUCAACGGUGGUGCCAUCGCAGGCGUAUCCUGCUACUCAGUUGACCACGCCAAGGGCCUCACCCCCAUCACCUCCCUCCUCCCAAUCCCCCUAAACCAAACCACACCCCCCGUCGGCCCACCUGGCACCGUCGCAGACAUCCUAUUCAACCCCUCCUCCACCGCCCUCUUCGUAACCAUAAAAGGCAUGCCACCAACCCCCGGCUUCAUCGUCGCUUGGCCCGUCCUCUCCUCCGGCGUCAUCUCCAGCACCCCCAUGAUCUCCUCCCCCUCGGAACUCGUCGUAGAUUUCAGCAUCGACUUCCUGGGCUCCGACUCUUCCGCUGUCAUCACAGACGCUUCGUACGGUGCUUCAAUCGUAUCCAUCUCACCCACCUUCUCCGUCUCCGUGGCCGUCAAGACCGUGAUCCCGAACCAGGGCGCAAGCUGUUGGUCCGCAUACUCUAGUCGCUUCAACACGAUCUUCGUCAUGGACGGCGGAAACCCCAACAUUACUUUAUUGGAUCCUGCCACGGGAGCGAUAAAGGGGGUGGAGGUGCAGGAUGCGGCUGGAAAGGGCAGUUUCGAUGCAAAGGUUGAUAGGAAUUUUCUGUAUGUGUUGAGGGGAGGUGCUAGUGUGAGUGUGCUGGAUUUGACGGGGUUGGUUGGGAAGGGGACGUCCGGGAUGCAGGUGCAGAGUUUGGAUUUGAGUGCGUUGGGGAGUAGGGCUUUGUGGACGGGGAUGGCGAUUUAUCCUUCUAGUUGAGGGGGGGAUGGUUUGCGUUGAAGUCUAAAAGUUGGUGAGGAUGGCGAUUUAUCCUUCUAGUUGAGGGGGGGAUGGUUUGCGUUGAAGUCUAAAAGUUGGUGAGGAUGGCGAUUUAUCCUUCUAUUUGUUUGAUAAUUAGAGUU